UUUUCGAAAACUUAAAAAUAAAGUGUGAAAGCAAAAUAAAUUGAGAGCUCGUUGCAAACUUGCAGGCUGCAGCAGCUCUGCGCUCCGCCUGCGCUUCGCUCUCUGCGGUUCGUGCAGAAACACGAAAAGCCCUAAUUACUACUCGUAGAGUGGCCGUUCAGGGCUUGUCUGUAGAUGUAAAUGUUCGUGAUGGAGGAACUGUUGAAGAACCAGGUAUUUGCAACCCAUGCGAUUGCCGCUGUUGGGUCAGUGACGUUGGGAACUGCUCUCACUUACCCUCUCGAUACCAUCAAAAUCCUUAUCCAGGUUGGGUCAGGUUCCAGUAAAGUUCUAACCACAGCUCAAGUGCUAGAUAGAGUUCGAUCAUUGUCAGGAAAUUCGGGUUUGUAUAGCGGUCUUGGCUGGUCAGUGUUGGGGAGGAUAUCGGGUGUUGGAACUCGCUUUGGAAUCUAUGAAAUUUUGACAGCUUUUUAUAAAGAUGGUCAAGAAGACAAUUAUGUGCAUGUCUCUGAGGCCCUUUCAGCAGGGCUUGUGGCUGGUGCCCUGGAAUCGCUUGUCAGCUCCCCAUUUGAACUCAUUAAACUUCGUGCACAGGUGACUUCUGCAUCUCGAAUACCAACCUGUACCUCUACUACAGAACAGAGAGCUGUAGCACCUGUGAUUGCAAGACUACUGCAUGGAUAUAGUCCAGAUAUGAAGGCAUUGAACCAUUCAGUAGGUCUUUUGUCGACCUUGACUACGAAACAUCCAGAUAUGAUUGGUGCUUUAAAGGAAUACCCAUGGAUGAUAACUGGGUCUGGGAGGCCACCCUCUGUCUGUGAUGUUAGGAGGCUGCCAGACAUCAUCUCCUUUGAAGGAUGGGGUGCUUUAUGGAGAGGCCUUCGGUCAGGAGUAGUUCGAGAUUCCAUUUUUGGUGGUAUAUUCUUUUCAAGCUGGCAAUUCCUACACCUAACAAUGCUAAAUUGGAAGGCAGUUGGGAUGGAUCCCAUUCCUAGUACCGAUGAAGAAGUUGGUCCAUUGUCUCCUUUAGCUGUUAGUCUUGCAGCGGGAUUUUCUGGUUCAAUUGCUGCUGCUGCUUCUCAUUGUUUUGACACAGCUAAAUGUCGAUCGCAAUGUCUUGUGCUGCCCAAGUACAUCACCAUGGAAAGGAGGCUUCUCAAAUGGAAACGACCUGGGAAUAGGUUUGAAAGAGUUACAGGGAUCCACCCUGCUGAUAGGAAUCUUUUGUUUCGUGGUGUUUUGCUGCGAAUGGCUCGUAGUGGGUUUGCAUCUUUGAUAAUUGUCGGGAGUUAUUUCUUGGCAGUUGAUCAUCUUGUGUGAAGUUGAAUGAAUGGGCAGAGCUAACUCUAUUUGGUGCUGUGGUUCAGUCAACUUGGUGAUGUGGUAAAAUGGUUUUAAAUAACCAUUAUCAGAAUGUGCUGAGAAUUGCUGGAAGAAGUGGACUUUAUCUUGACCUACUUCUCUUAAAGAUUGGUGAAAGAUACCUUGCACUGACUGGAAUUUUCUGAAGAAAUUUUGCGGCAAAGAGUAAUCUAUUGACCACAUUUCUAUCCAGUGGAUUAUCCUCUUUCUCGUGGUCUCAUUUUUGUUUUGUUUUUCCUUUUUUGUCUAUGUUUUUGUUAUUAUUUUUGUGUUCAUUUUUUGUUCUUUUUGAUGAAGGGAUUUGUACACAUACUUGUAGUUGCGAUGGCAAAAGGGGAUAUUUAUAUUGGGCAUUAUGCCAUGUCUACUCGAGAGUUGAGCCAUUGAUUUUGUUGAUGAGAUUUUAGAAAUGCCAAGUUUUAAGAUAUUCUAUCCAUAAA